CUGCCCUGCUGCUGAAGCGAGGGGCGAGCUCUUAACCCUACCGGGGGGCUCUUUGGGAAGGGAGGGGGGGUUGCCCUUUUGCGGACAAUCCCACGAUCUCCCCCCUCCCGGUCCUGCCAGCGUCCAUCUGCCCCUCCCUACCACUAACACCCUCCCCCCCAGCGGGCUGGAGGGGCUCAUGCAGCCGAUAAGGGAGAGGAUAGUGGUUCAAGCUCGAGCUGGAUGGAUGGGUAUGGGGAGAAGGGCCGGAUCCACAGCCCUGGGAUUCUUCCAAAUCCUCCCUGUCUUUCUCUGCAUCUUCCCUGCAGCGACCUCUCAGUGCAAGAUCCUGAAGUGUAACUCUGAGUUCUGGGCGGCCACAUCUGGCUCUCACCACCUGGGCACAGAGGAGGCACCAGAGUUCUGCACGGCUCUCCGCACCUACGCCCACUGCACCCGCCGCACGGCUCGCACCUGCAGGGGGGACCUGGCCUACCACUCCGCCGUUCAUGGCAUAGAUGACCUCAUGGUCCAACACAACUGCUCCAAAGAUGGCCCCACCUCGCAGCCCCGCCUCCGAACACUGCCCCCCGGGGACAGCCAAGAGCGCUCCGACAGCCCAGAGAUCUGCCACUACGAGAAGAGCUUUCACAAGCACUCAGCCCCCCCAAACUACACCCACUGCGGGCUCUUUGGGGACCCCCACCUCAGGACUUUCACAGACAGCUUCCAGACCUGCAAAGUGCAGGGGGCUUGGCCACUCAUAGACAAUAACUACCUGAAUGUCCAGGUCACCAACACGCCGGUGCUACCCGGGUCCUCAGCGACUGCAACGACCAAGCUCACCAUCAUCUUCAAGAGCUUCCAGGAGUGUGUGGACCAGAAAGUGUACCAGGCGGAGAUGGACGAGCUCCCAGCUGCCUUCGCCGACGGCUCCAAGAACGGCGGCGACAAGCAUGGCGCCAACAGCCUGAAGAUCACCGAGAAGGUGUCAGGCCAGCACAUCGAGAUCCAAGCCAAGUACAUCGGCACCACCAUUGUGGUGAGGCAGGUGGGCCGUUACCUCACCUUCGCCGUGCGCAUGCCCGAGGAGGUAGUGAACGCCGUGGAGGACAGGGACAACCAGGGCCUUUACCUCUGCCUCCGGGGCUGCCCGCUUAACCAACAGAUUGACUUCAAGACCUUCCGCUCUGCUCAGGGCACGGAAGGCCGGGCUCGCAGGAAAGGGCCCAGCCUCACCUCGCCCGAGUUCUUCACCUACGAAACGGCCAUGGCCAAGUGCCGGGAGAAGCUCCCCGUGGAGGACCUGUACUUCCAGUCCUGCGUCUUUGACCUCCUGACCACGGGGGACGUCAACUUCACUCUGGCGGCGUAUUACGCUUUCGAGGAUGUGAAGAUGCUUCAUUCCAACAAGGACAAGCUGCACCUCUAUGAAAGGACACGGGAGCUGAGCCCAGGCAACACAGCCCCCUCGGGGCAUCCCCGGGCCCUCCCUGCCCUCUGGGUGGCGCUAGUGUGUCUGAGUCGGUGCUGGUCAGUGUUCCUAUAGAUGUGACCUCGGUGGGGGCGGGGAAGAGCUCAGCAGGAGGGAACGAUGGUCUGUGCUGGAUGAGGAGAGGUUGAACAGCAGGUCUGGCUGGGAGCUAAAGAAUCAGCCCCUGUCCUCAGAGUUAGACCCCCUGGAACGUCAUGGGCCUGCCCCAGAGAGCAGCCAGACCUCAUGUAGCCCUUGCCCAGCUCACCCUCUCCUCUUCAUGUGGGUGAGGAGGGUGGGAUGCCCCCGCCUCCCCCUAGUGCUCCCUCGUGGUACUGCAAACGGUUGUGGUGACUGUGAUGUUGGCAUUUGUGAAAGUGACUUCAUGUUAGGAGAGUUGGCUGCUGCUGCUGCCUGGGAGGAGGGGACAGCGCCCCCGCUGGUCAGGAUGGCAUGCUGGCUAGAUGGGCCCAUGCCUAGAGACCAUCACGGGACACACAGACAGACAGGCUGGCCUCCGAUUUUCACACCUGCUUUGCUCACGCAAAUGACUCCACCUGCUAAAGGGCUCACCAGUCCCGUUCCCCCCCCCCCCAUCUGUGUGUGCAAACAGCUGGUGGUACGCACCUAAGCGGGGCGUGCUCCCUCCUGGGGCUCCGCCGGCUGCCUGUGCAAAUGCGGGUGCUAAACACCAGACAGAGGAACUACAACGGUGCCCUCCGGGCGCCGGGUACACACCCAUGCGGAGAGAGGGUGCAGGGGCGAGCAGUUGGCUGGAAUGGUUUCUGUCCCUCAUUAAAGACCCUGCUCUGCCCAGCACCUGGCUCCCUCCAGGUGUCCGAGGCGCACAGUUCAUCCUUCGCUGAACGGCACCAUUCCGGGGGGAUGGGGAGAGUCAAUCACUGAUUGCAUUUGCUGUGCUUCGCAGGGCGUCUGGGAGCUAAUGGGAUCCGGGAAAUCCCAUCCUGGCACAUUAACGCUCUGAUUCGCUUCAUAGCCACGAGGUUGAAUCCUUUGGGCCCUCCGAGAUGCAAAGGGAGAAACCUGGCCAGUAUUCGAGUGGUUUCUGACAUUUGCCUUUGGCCUCCUCCCAGCAUUUGAAGUGCUCCUUGUGACGUGGCCCUUUGAUUCCAUUAGCUCCCAGGGCGCUCAGGCAAAGUGAGUGGGGAGGUGCCAGUGAUCUCCCAGAUUCAGGGUGACCAGUCGGACCUCCUCAAGCCCCUCGCUGACAGGCUGGAGGGUCGCCACCACUAGCCCUGUCCUUCUUCAUCCCACAGGAGGGCAGCUGUGGGGUUGGGGCAGUGCCCAGGGAGUGGGGGGGGGGGGUUGGCUUGUUUGCUGCUAAGCAACUGCUCCACUCCUAGUGAUGUCAUUUCAGACCGGUUGCACCUUAGUUCUUCCUGGCUUGAUUCUGAGGAGGGCACUGUUUGAAAAUCCAGCCAGGGGCAGGCCCUGAGCUGUCCAAAGGCUCUGUUCCCUGGCAGUAAACGAUCAAUAACCUCCUCUACCAGGGUUGCAGUGUCCCUUCCCCUUCUCCGUGUUCUUCUGGGAUUUGCCUCAUGGUUUGCUCAGCAAUGACAAGACCAUCUGUACCUCGGCCUGAAGCUGGGACACCUCUGGGGGAAUGCUCCAUCCAUCGUUCCCCCAGCAGGAAUUUCCCAGAGAUCUCCCCAGAAGUGCGGGUAGAUCACUGGGACAACCAGCGAUCAUGGAUGGUCUCGUGACAGCGCCCAGAGAGCCAGUCCAGAGAGGAAUGGGCGUGUGACGCACCCUGCAGCGCAUGCAAACUAGCGCCCCGGGGCAGCCUCCUGUAAAUACUCAAGCAACUAUUCAUUGUGUCCUGCCAGCUCUAGACCUCCGUUUGUAAAGCAGCAGAGAAAUGCAACGUGUGUCAUUGGGUGUAAUUUAUAGUGUCUCUAAUCUAUGGAGCCCUGGUGGGGGUCUCGUGUGACUGUACAGAUGAAGAGAUGUAAUUGGUUUUUAGGUGUUUAACAAAAAACAGAAAAGAAAAAACGAAAAGAUGUGUUUACUACUUCGCUCCUUGCUUUGUCCGCUGGUGGCCCGUGUUUCUGUUUAGGGCGAUUUUAAAAUAGGGAUCUCACAAUGUAGGGAGCUGGGGAGACCAACCACUGGAGGGUAAAUCUACCAACUUGCUGGCCACAGAACUCUUGCGGGGGCAGCUCGAAAAAGAAAUAAUUGAGACAUUCUAAAUUAUCCGUAUUUAUAUUGGAGUAACCUAGAUGCCCCAGCAGAGAUCAGGACCUCAUUCUGCUAGGUGCCGUCUAGGCACCUAGUGAGGGACAGUUGCUGCCCCAAAGAACUCAGAUAAGGAAGGGAGGGGAAACUGAGGCACAAUUGAUGAAAUUACUUGCCCAGGGUAACACAGCUGGGCAGUGUGAGAGCUAGGAACAGAGCCCAGGUCUCCUUUGUCCCAGUCCAGUCCAUGAGACCACAUUGCCUCCUUAAGACUCCUAUAGUGGCUAUGAACUGCCUGUUUCCGAGUUGGGUUUGAUCCUGGCCAUAUGGUAUGACCAAUGGUCUACUUCUGCUAAGUUUAACAGCUUCCAACCUUGUUGGGUGAGCACAAGUCCUAGGAACUUUCCAUUGCUGAUCCCAUGCAUACGUGUCAGUGGGGGAACUACACUCCCUUGGUGUGUUUGGUAGCUAGCAGCUGGCAGGUCCUCUGGCUUCAGUGCGACUAGCCAAGGCCAGAGUUAUUCAAUCACUUUAGUUCCUUCACUACAUAAAAAUCAAAUCUUUAUUUCCCUUAGAAAUUGGAGAGGUGAAUAUUUAAAGUCACAUCAGCUUUAUGGUGGGGCAGUGACACACCUGCCCCACACCUGGGUACCCCACAAAUAAUCCCAACCAUAUCGAGGGGUGGGACAUGGAGCUGCCGUCACUACAGGAAGAGUACUGCCCUGUGUAGGCAGCACAUCUGAGACUGACAUUGCUGUUAGCCAAUCAGUAUAGUCCAUAAUGGCCAUAUGACAUCUGCUGUCAACAGGGCCACUUCCUGCCAUGGCAGCAUAAGAGAGCAUGCUAUGCCAUGGUCAGAGCUACCCUCUGGAGGGGGAAAGUCCUCCAUGAUCUUGAUUGUAUCUCCAUAGCCCAGGCCCUCCCUAGUAGGUCAGUGCUCCAGUGGUGGUUGAAUAUAUUACGGUGGUUGGGCUAUCCCUCUUUUAGAAGCAAACAGUUAAGCACUUUAUUUUGGUGGUGUAUGACCCAGUGUGGCCAAGGAAGACCUGAUGUGGUUGGAAUAAAAACAAAUGAUUUUGGUUUUGGUGGGGGGGAGAAUCUCCUAACUGCUCCUUGUGUUUUGGACCCAUGUGGGGUGUCACUGCAUGUACAUACUGUAAAUUAUUUAUUGAUGAAAAUGCAAGUAAAGGUUUUUUUGGUUUUUUUUUUGG